AUGCCAUUCCCACUAGAGGACGCCUUGACGAUGCAAGUAGUGCUUGCGUCUACUGUAGUCAUCAUCGUAGCCUUGUUCGUUCAUCUAUCGAGAAACACGCCACCCUCAAGAGCAAAACAGUUUGGUGCAAAGCUUCCUCCAGGACCUCGGCGUGCGUUCCUCGUAGGGAAUGCCUUCAACUUCCCAAAGAAGGCAUGGUAUGAGACCUUUAGUCGCUGGGCAGACGAGUAUGUCGUGUAUAUCAACUUGUUCGGCACACCGAUGAUCAUUCUCAACUCGCUUGAAGCUGCCAACGCUUUCAAUAUGUGGAAUGAGCAAAUGCGAUAA